AUGGCUCGCUUCCCCGUCCUGGCCCUGGCCCUCCUCGCCUCCGCGCUCGCCGCCGAGCAGGUGUGCGCGGAAGGCCAGUGCGCCGAGGGCGGCGAGGAGGCGGCGCUGCUGCAGUCCGCUGCGGCCCAGAAGCUCGCGGAAGUGAAGGCGCACUCUGACGACGCGGCCGGCGUCACCUGCACCACCACGCCGGCCAAGACGUGCAACGACGCCUUCCAGUACUGCUACCAGGACCCGGCGUGCUCGGCAGGAGGAGCCGGCUGCAUCUCGGGCACCACCUGCCGCUUCUGCGGCGGCAGCAACGUCCCCCAGUGCCCGUGCCCCGGGGGCAGCAGCUCGUGCGGAGGCCCCAGCGAGCAGUGCCUGUGGAGCCCGGGCUGCAGCGGGGUCGGCUGCAAUGCCGACGGGAAGAACCAGGACUGCCAGUUCUGCGACACGGGCGCCCCCGCGCCGAAGUGCAGCAGCCUCCUGCGCUGA